AUGUCUGAUGGAAAGAAAAUGACGUCCAGUCGCAGGCAUCAUCUGAAGAGUUUGAUGCUGCAGAUCGCUGCCAACUGGAUAGAGCAGGAGAAGAAAGACAUCACGGCAGCAAAGGAGACCUACAUGGCCGAAAACUGCCCCGCCCCCGAAGUCAGCGGGGACCAGGCUGCCCUCAUGGAAAUCUGCAAGAAGCUCCACCAGGCUAUCGACAAGAUCGAUGAUGAGAGGUACGACGCCGAGUCCAAAGUGCAGAAGGCCGACAAAGAGAUUGAAGAUCUGAAGCUGAAGGUGGUGGAGCUGGCCGGCGUGAAGAAACCUGCCCUGAAGAAAGUGCGUAUGUCUGCUGACGCCAUGCUGCAGGCUCUGCUGGGAGGAAAACACAAGGUGACCAUGGACUUGAGGGCCAACCUGAAGCAGGUCAAGAAGGAGGUCAAAGAGGAGAACACAGAGGCGGGCGACUGGCGUAAGAACAUUGAGGAUAAGGUCGACAGGAAGAAGAUGUUCGAGACUUCCUAAAAACCUCCCUGAAUGGCGAGGACAACAGCAGAGGGGGAGACGUCUCGGUCCGAGGUUCUGAGGGACUGAAAGUGUCUCUGCGUUCCAGCAGGACUCACAGGAACCACAGUUUGGACACUUUUUUGUUGUUUUUCAUUUGGUUGUUUUUGUGAUAACGCCGCCGCCCCGAGAGACUGAACCGACACAAAGUCACGCAAACAAACAUGUACGCAGUCAAAACUUCUGACAGAUACAUUUCAAAAUGUACAGCUUUUCAUUAGAAAUAAAUGUUUUAAAAUAAGCAUUAAUUUGUUUGUUCUAUUUAUCCAGAUAUUAAUCAUUCUUCCCUUUUGGGUUUUACACCAAACUUAGAUACUAUGAUUUAUUUAUUUUUUUCAAACUUUUUGGGGAUAUUUAGACUUUGGAAAACUUGGAAAGCAGUCUUAGCUCAGAAAAAUGUAGCUUUUUUUAUUUUUAUUUUUUUGAAGCCUGUUACAUGAGCAAAAUUACAACAUGUGGUCUUUAAAUGUGGUUAAAAGCUUUUAAAAAUAUAUUUAUUCAUUAAACAACUGGAGAAAAUACUUUUUUUAUUUGCAGUGGUACAAAUAAUACUGGGCAAACAAUUCAUAACCUCAUCAAAAAGUCUGUUGAAAUAAUUUUCUAUUAAGCAAU